GCCACGAUUCUAAUCAUUGGACCAUUGACAUCAUGUCGAGUGAAGAAAGUCAAUUCAACGUUCAAGGGUACAAUAUAGUUACCAUUCUUAAGAGAUUGGAGGCAGCCACGUCUCGUCUUGAAGAUAUUACCAUCUUUCAAGAGGAAACAUUAAAGCAACAAGAUAAUGAUAAGAAUGUGGAGGGAAGUUCUACCAAGGCAAUUGGAGCAGCUGGAGCAGGUGUUUCAGCAGUAGGAUCAGGUGUUUCAGCUACUCCAAAGGCAAUUGAGGGUGCUUCUGUCUCAUCAGCAAGUGAACCAGAAACUAUAACUGCGUUCAAUCUGUUCCUUACUCAAAAUGUUACACCUUUUGUAACUAUAUCUAAGGACAUUGAUCCAUUGAUUGGUCAAGGUGCCAGCUUAUUGGCUGAAGCCUUUGCAAGUCAAAAAUCGUUUUUACAACUUGUAUUAAAGGCUAAAAAGCCUUCAUUAGAUGAUCCUGAAUUAUUAAAAGUGUUAACACCUAUUAAUGAGAAGGUUGGUAAACUUGUUGAGCUUAAAGAUGCUAAUAGAAGAUCAGAAUAUUUCAAUCAUUUAAAUACUUUAGCUGAAGGUGCUCCAGUAUUAAGUUGGAUAGUUACAGAUACUCCAGUCUCUGUAAUUCCUGAUUUUAAAGAUAGUGCUAAAUUCUGGUCCGAUAGAGUAUUAAAGGAAUAUAAGGAAAAGGAUCCAAAACAUGCUGAAUGGGUUAAGCAAUUCCUUAAUAUUUUUGAAGAAUUGAAGGCUUAUGUUAAGAAGUAUCAUUUUAAGGGUCCAGCAUGGAAUAGUGCAGGCAAGUCAUUAUCCGAAGUUGUUAGUGAACAAUCGUCUGGUGCUGCAGUUCCUCCUCCUCCUCCUGCACCAGGAGCAGCUGGAGGCGCCCCACCACCACCUCCUCCACCUCCACCUCCACCAGCUUCACUUUUUGAAGAUGAUAAAAAACCUGAAGGUGGAUUGAAUGCUGUGUUUGCUGAUUUAAAUAAAGGUGAAGCUAUUACGGCUGGAUUAAGAAAAGUUGAUAAAUCUCAAAUGACUCAUAAGAAUCCUGCUUUAAGACAACAAGCACCCCUUGAAAGUUCUAAAAAGCCAUCUCCACCUAAGAAACCUGCAAGCUUAUCUACUAAUAGUGUAGUUAAGAAGAAAGUGGCAAAGAAAGAAUUAGUUGAUGGUACUAAGUGGAUUAUUCAAAAUUACUCUAAAUCAGAUAUUCCUAGUGGAGAACCAUUAAUUCUUGAAGUUGAAAUGCACCAAUCUGUAUUUAUUGGUAAUAGUGAUGGUAUUACUGUUCAAUUAAAGGGUAAAGCUAAUGCAGUUUCUAUUUCUGAAUCCAGUAAUAUCGGAGUUGUAUUAGAUAAUUUAAUCUCAGGGGUUGAUGCUAUCAAAUCAUUUAAAGUUGGAAUUCAAGUUUUAGGGGUUGUUCCAUUAAUCAGUGUAGAUAAGUCUGAUGAAGUUAACAUUUAUUUAUCUAAAGAAUCAGUUGAAGCAGAAACACAAAUCUUUACUAGUUCUACAACGGCAUUAAAUGUUAAUGUUCCUACUGAUGGAGAUUACGAAGAGUUUGCUGCUCCUGAGCAGUUCCAGCACGUGGUCAAGGGUGGUAAACUUGUCAGUGAAGUAGUAGAACACAAAGGUUAGAUUUAGUUAACUAGACUGAUAACUUUCUUUUC